AUGAUUAAAGCUAUUUUAGUAUUUAAUAAUCAUGGAAAGCCUAGACUUUCUAAAUUCUAUCAGUAUUUUGUAAGUAUAACAAUAACUUUUGUAAGUAUUAUAAUUACAAACUUCUAUAAAAUUUAAUAAACUGUGUCUUUUUUUCUUCAGAAUGAGGACAUGCAACAACAGAUAAUAAAAGAAACAUUUCAAUUAGUCUCAAAGAGAGACGAUAAUGUUUGUAAUUUUUUAGAAGGUGGAAGUUUAAUCGGUGGAUCCGACUACAAGUUGAUUUAUCGACAUUAUGCUACAUUAUUUUUUGUAUUCUGUGUUGAUAGCUCAGAAUCAGAGUUGGGAAUUUUAGAUUUAAUACAAGUUUUUGUUGAAACAUUGGAUAAAUGUUUUGAGAAUGUAUGUGAACUCGACCUUAUCUUUCAUGUUGAUAAAGUUCAUUAUAUACUUAAUGAAUUAGUGAUGGGUGGAAUGGUUUUGGAGACCAAUAUGACUGAGAUACUUACAAGAAUUGAAGAUCAAAAUAAAUUGGAAAAACAAGAGGCAGGAAUCACAGCAGCGCCGGCGCGUGCUGUUUCUGCUGUCAAGAAUAUGAACAUACCACAACAGAUAAAGGAGAUGAAGUUGCCUGAUUUACCACAAGCUAUAAAAGAUCUCAAAUUCUGA